CUCUCUCGCAGUUCACGCUGUUUAGUUGGUGUUCAGUGGUGUUUGAGUGAAGACGUUCCUGCUACAUAUUCCCCAUCGAUAUAGCAGAUAGCAGAUGCAAAGUCACAUAACAGUAACUAAGUAUUUUGUUCAAGUGAAUUGACGAACAAACAAAGCGAUCGCACGAUGAGUUGGCGCUUGUGCUGCCUCCUGUUGGCUGCAGUGAUGAUGAGGCAAACACUUGCGAAGCCGCUGAUUGCAGAUCCCACUUUUUCCGAUAUUGACCUUGUCGCCGAAGAUUCCCAACCUGAAGAAGUCUAUGCAGCAGCGCCGGUACGCGCAAAACGUGCGCCACAGGGAUUCGGUAAUAAUUGCGUUUACGGCAUGAGUAGUGCUGCUAGUAGCAGCCGCGCUGGUGAAAAUGGCGCUAGCGCCUCAAGCAGCAGCAGCAGCAGCAGCGCUAGUCGUGACGGUUGUGGUGGCCGAAACAUUUUCGGAAUUAUUAAUCCUCCCGCUUAUAACAAUUACGCUUAUCCAUCUCAGCUUAACGCUUACAAUUAUCAAGCAGGUAACAGUUAUGCCAGCUAUACGCAGCAACAACCAACAGCAACUGUGGGGCAUCAUGAACAUCAUCGUGAUGGUCCGCGGCCACCUCCACCACCCCCAUAUGAUACGUACUCGCCACAAAACUCUCAUGCCCACCACCAUUCGCAUCAUUCACCUCAUCAUUAUAAAUAUGAAUCGCCGCCGCCACCACAACCUCCGCCACCACCUUCACAUACACCGUUAGAUUAUUACGAUUAUGCUUCAAAUGAUUAUUCAUCAGAUUUCGAUAAUUAUCGGCCACCACCGCCACCGCCACCGGCACCUGGUUUUCCCGGCCACAAUCCGUUUGGGCCAGGUCCGCCUUUUAGAGGUCCUCCUGGUCCCCCUGGUUUCCACCGAAGACCGCCGCACCAUGGACCACCCGGGCAUGGACCACCCGGUCAUGGACCACCAGGCUUUGGACCGCCUGGCUUCGACCGUGGACCACCGCCGCCAUUCCCUUAUGGACCUCCGUUUGAUCCUCCGUCCGGUCCUCCUUCUCCACCCGUACAACCAGUACAAGAAGAUCCCACGAGUACGUUUACACCCACGCCUACGCAACAAACAUUUGCUCCGAUACCCAGCACUACAGCCGCACCGAUAAUACAACCGGUGGCAUCAACAACAUCGACAUCGACAACAACAACAACAACAACAACAACAACCACAACAACACCCGAACCAGUCUAUGAUAUUGAUGUUAGGUUUGGCGAUUAAUUAUCGGCGUGAAAAGUGGAAUGUCUUGUAAACCCGGUGCUGCAAAAUUUUCUGUUUAAAAUCUAAUUAUCAUCCAGCGGGUUUCCAAAGAAAAAGUAGUGUUUUUCAAGUGCAAGACUAAAGACUUUGGCAACGAACUCGUCCGUAGGCUUGUAGUCGUUAUUAACACAAAAGCUGCUUACGCAUAAAAAUUAUGGUUUUAACAAUUUUGAAAAUAAGUUAAUAAAUAGAAAAAAGUGCCUACUAGUCAUCGAGAUCUGUA